AUGGCGCUGGUUACCGUGCAGCGUUCACCGACCCCCAGCACCAGCUCCAGUCCCUGUGUUUCGGUAAGAGCCGCUUUUUGGGGAACCCUGCUACACUGCCGCUGCCACCACCGUCAAACCUAAAUCUUUCCAGGGUUAAAAGGAGAGCCAAGACCUCAUUUCCGCUAUCUUUUUUCUCGGCUGCUGACAGUCAUAAAGUGCCUUGCCUUUGUACUCCUGCGCAUGCGUGAAAUAUAGCUGCUCAUCAUUUUCAGUUUAAAUAUCAGUCGUUAUUUUCGGUUAAGUUGACCGGUUCGUCAAUUAAUUUGCACCUUUGGUUGAAAAGACUAUACUGUUACUCGAGUUAUAAGAUAGAAAAAUAGGUUUCCUCUUGUGUUAAUUGUACUUCAAUGUUGACAUGGUUCCUCCAUACACAUUUCCGCCUGUUCAAAGGUUCAGUUGGCAGUAAGCUGAAACAGUAAAGUGGUAUAAUGAGAAAUAGCUUUGAGAAAAUGUGUUUAAGUCUUCUAUUAUUAUCUUUCUCGAUAUGUUAUGAUUCUUAAAACGUCGUUGUUUAGUGAAUUUAGGGGUCGUAGUCCAGCUAUCUACCACGUCAUUCACUUCCGCUCAUAAUAACCUCCUUGUGACAUGCAUGAAUACGGGUAUUUACCAUUGCAUUAUUGUUGUACGCAGCCUCGGUAUGUAAAUAAGAUUGUGAACGUGUGUGUUUAUCUCGUUUGGUUUCUGUUCUUUCAAAACUCAGACCUGACCUGCAUGUUCCUCUGUCUGCCUCUCUCUUCCUGUUUGUGUGUGUUUGUGUGUCUGUCUGUGUCUUAUGUAGUGUAGUCAAGUCAGCACAGUACACAUGCAAAGCAGAGGAGCAGGUGGUUUCUGUGUAGCUUCGUACAUUUGCUGGUUUUGUUUCUACAAAAGCAAGAAAUCCCACUUCACUGUCAGGAGAAAUGUUAGGCAACACUGUCACACACAACCCCACACACUUCCUGUGUCUGCGGGUGAUAUUGUGAUGCACUUACUAUCACUGGUUGUUCAGGCAGUUGUAUUUACAUUUGAUAACAUCACAAGUUUUGAUAAUGUAGUUUCUUGUGUAUAUGUUUAAUUAAAUAACACUGAUAUGUGGAUAACAUGGCACAUCACAGUCUAAUUUGCUUACACAACUAAUGUACAUUACAGGACACAGUGAUUCUACAUUAUGUUUGGUUAACUGAAGAGUACAAAAGCCCUUAAAAAGUAAAGGACAGAUUUAUGUCUUAGAGGCAAUGCUUUGAUUCAUGAAAUAGUGAUAUGGCAAGCUGAAUCUAAAGGGAAGUCUGUUUGGAGAACUAUGUUAUUUUACAAACAAAAUAUCUGUAAAUGGUGCUGGGGAUAGGAUGAUUGCAAUGCAUGAGUCAGGAUAAAGUGCCAUGUCAAUAUUAAGUCCCUUUUCUAAUGAUACACUGGAUUUUCUUAAGUGACCAGUUUCAAAGUUGUUUGAGCAGAAAUUGAAAAAAUGACUAGCCUAGCCGAGAGGUAAGUAAUCUCUCAGUAAACAGUGAAAGGCAAGCACAUUUUAGUUACAGUAGCCAAACACAGUUUCACUGUCUGUGAAGAAUGAAAACAAUGUGAAAUUGCUUUGCAAACUGUUAGCAGAGCUAGCAUCACCACCCUCCGUCUACACUUGCCAUUGCUAGUAACACAUUGCUUUUAACAGACACAGCCUACAUACAACAUUUUCUCAAUUUCAUAGACCAAAAUACGGCCAAACAACACCACAUGACGAGAUACCAUCUUAUAUCUGUGCGUGUUUACAUCCCAGUGUUGGAGCAUUUCAGCAUCAUGGCUGUAGCCAUUAACUAGAUUGACGGCAUCAGUGAUAGAUGACUUUGCAACAGUAAAGACACAAGUUUGAGCUGCAUUUUGGCCCUAUAACAAUAAACAUUUAUAAAAUGUGUUUAAAAACUGUAAUUAUAGUGCCAACCAUUUAGGGUGAUAGCAUUUGUGUAUUUGACCAAAAGCACAGUUUUUUGUGAUACAGUUAAAAAGGAGUAAACAAACUGCAAUGUCAGGUUUCACUAAAUUUUAAACAAAACAAGAAUUUUUAAAUCGAAAACCAAAGUGUAGAUCCAAAUCUCCACGCUUUGACCCAAAGACAUCCAGGAGGUAGCUGUCAUGAAAUGAGUUGCUGUUGGUGCAAGUGUUACAGCUUGUACGCAAAGGACAAAAGAGUCUUUUGGCAUAUUUUCCAGUCUAAUUAUAUUGGCCAAAAUGCUCCACAUUGAAAGAAACCUGUUCUCUUGCUAGUUGGACCAAGUAGAAGAUUACAGUUUGUGUUUGGGCAAUGUGUAAUUUUCUACUCUCAUCUGUGUCCAAAAUCACAAAUUACAGCCAGGUAUGUCAGUCACAAACUACUAUUUCGACAGAGUACUGUGGCCUUGUGAGAGACCCUGUCCUUCACACCUUUUUGUUCUCCAAAGGAAAAACAGGUUCUGCGUGUGCAUAAUGAUUACUGUCUUGCUUUGUACACACACAUUUUCGGUUUUAGCUCUGACUGUCAGCCAGAUCAACUCAAAACAUACAGGCCUACAAGAGCAGAUAAUUUUAUUUUUUUAAUCUCAACUUUAAGGAAUAAGCAUCAAAGGGUACAAGAACCGAAUGCACUGAAUGCGGCCUGUAGCUCUUCUACUUUGAGUGGUCAUAUAUGUUACAGACUUGCAGGGAGUCUGUCAACAUGUUAGUGGCGUGAGCUGUAAAACUAGAGGAAGAAGAAAUGCACAAGUGUAAUUUAGCAAGGUGAGGCGGACAGGGGUGGUGAAGGAUAUGCUGUUUUCUUGUUAAAAUAUGCUUUCAAGUUGCAACCCGUACACACAUUUAGUGAUAAUGCACUGCGCACACAGACACAUGUCUGGUUUCCUGUGUCCUGCCGUCAUGUGAUGUUUGUGUGUGAAGUCUAUCAUGAGAUUCCUGCUAAGCUGCUCUUUUCACCUAUAUUUACUUGAACUGUAUGUGGAACCUGUCCAGCGUUUCUACUCCAUGAUGAGAGUGUUUUCAGGCAAAGAAACACACACUCUGUAGUACACAGAGUUAGAAACAUUCAUUUAGCCUCUAGGGGUAAGAGUUUUUACCAGUUCUAACUUGGUAACUCCAUUGUAGUUGCUGUAACUUGUGAUUCUCAGAGCAGCACAGACUUGUCUUCAGUCCCUACCCAGCCGGCUCAUACAGGCCGCGAAUUUCCAUAAGCUUUGGGGGGGGAAAGCCUUCCAUUUUCAUGUAUGCAAAAUGUUUUUUCAAAUCAAAGCAAAGGCUAGGUAUGUCACAAUACAAGACACCAAGUCAUGGAAACUUUGUCUGAUCACAUGGGAUAAAAUGGAAACGUCACAACACUACGAAAAAGUCUAGAUUAGUCUCUUACUCAUUCAUGUGUUUAUUUGAAACAUUCACUAUCAUUACAUCUUAUUUAUAAGGAAUAGCAGCCCAAAGUUAAAGUUGAAUACACUAUUUCUCAGCAAGUGCUCACCAUGUUAUAAUUACAGACUCCCUCCACUCAAAGCAAGGCUUAUGUUCUCAUUUGGCAUUAAUCACUGAAACCAAAAAGGAGAAGGCUUGAAUACACAACCCCUUUUUGACAUGUUGAUAUCAGCAUCAGGUGUACAACAAACCACAAGGUCUUUUUAAUAUUUCUGGUGUUGUUGGCCCUGAGAGCCCUGAGAGGAACUAGGAUUUGGAUGAUCUGACAGAGAGAGGAUAGGCAAACCUCAUCAUAGUCAUUGCGUUAAACUAAAAAUCCUCAUGAUAAAAGUUAACUCGUCCAAAACUCACCAAUUCAUAGCAACUCUACAUUUGCAACAUAAGUAAAUACAUGCACAAUGCUCUUAAUAUGCAUGGAAAUCAAGUGUAGAGUGUAGAGCAGUGUUACUGUAUGUAAUGAGGAAUUCUUAAUAUUUUUUCAUCAAUUUCUCCUGAACCACGGUGAGGUAGCCGUGUCGAAGUUCUUCUUUUCCUCUGCUCAUUGUGUCCUCUCAUCAACCCGUAAUCCAAUUCUUCCUAUUAUGAAGCAGUUAAUGGUUUGUAAUGUUGUUAAGGCUACUUAAGCCCACAUACAGUGUAAACAAGAUAAGAACCAGGCACCACAAGAUCAGUGCCAGGUGUUAAUCUGCUGCUAAUCCUUUGGCCCUCUCAUUUAGCAAAGCGAAAAAUCACAAAGCGCCGAUCUUACUCUCUCACCCUCAUCUGCCUGUUUGUUUUGUGUAUUUGUGUGUGUGAAUAUGUUACUCUCUGACUGGCCACACCUUAUAAAAAAACAGGCUGAGGUCAUUUUCCUGGAGAGAGUGCAAAUUGAGGGCAUGAUUCACUUUACUGGUGCGUUCUGCUCAGACAGUAUUGAAUAUUAUGUAAAUGCUUUAUACAAUUUCAAUGGGUUUUUGUGAAUUUAGAAAUGUCUGAGAAUGCAGAAAUGUGUGUUUUCCCAUUACAAACACUUAAAUUUGUGCAACAGUGGUGUUAUAAUCAUUCUGGUAUGAAAGACUUGUGCCCAUUUACAUUACGCUUAAAGGGUCAUGUCUCCCUAUCAAAUCACUGCAGUUCAGUGUUUUCAGAUCUCACUGUCUCAAGAGCUAAAAGGACCAGCUGUUUUUUUUCCACCACUCUCAGCACUCUUCCUCAAAAAUAUUUCAAUUUAUAGAUAACCCCUCACCCUGUUAAUAUUAUUUUUGCGUCACUGCCCAAUCAAAAUGUAGGAGUGUGACUUAUCAAGUGGGUCAACAACAUCUACAGAUAAGAAAGUCCCUUUCAGUUUCCGAGUGUAGACCUGCCGUCAAUGCCAGUACAUAGUUUACUUCCUUUUUUAUUUUCUUGUUCAAAUUUCUCCGCGUAAAAGCGAAGAUUACAAUAACAGAGCGAUGGAAAACAGACUUAUCAGUCACUACCAAUAGAAACAAUAGUGCCCAGGGGACAUCUUUUGUGAGCUAAGAUUUAUAACUUCAUGUCCCUUCUUUUUAAUGAUUACAAAUGCCUUCUUUCAUUUUGCUCUUAUGAACUUUCUAAUGGUUCUUUUGAUAUAUUGUGAGCAGCACUUUGAAUUGCCUUGUUGCCAAAUUGUGCCAAAUAAAUAAACUUGCCUUGGCUUGCUCUGCUUAGCCAGCGGGAAGCCCUGGCAUCACAGAAAAACACUGUUUGGUCACUGGCCCACAGACAGGCUUUGCUACUAUGGUGUUUUCUGUAUCAGGACAGAACAGAACGAGCCAACAAGUCCUCUAUAGAGCAGCUUAAAAAUGAUCAAAUACUGCCUACAAAGAGUUAUAUCCAAAGACGUUACACACAUAUUAGAGUCUCUGUUUACAUUACUUAUUCUUUUCCAUUCUACUGUGAAAAUCUAAUAGCAGUCUUAAGUUUUCACAUACUUGAAAAUUCUAUUAGUUAUUUUCUAGACAAGUUACCGAAGGGAUUUUAGUAUAAACAUCUAAACGAUUUUGUUCAUCAAUAUGAAGAUAAAUGAAAAGAUUGAUUGAUUGAUUGAUUGAUUGAUUGAUAAACGGAUACAUUUUAAAAUGAUAUUUUCCUUGUUUGUCUUUGUAGGAGUCCGGUAGUGGGGAGGAUGAUCGUCGCUCUCAGCCGAGGAGGUAAGAUAUUGACAUACGUCGUGUAGGAACCUUGACUACUCUGUGCCAAGAAAAUGCAUUUUUUUCUCCUUGCUGUACAGGAAUUUAUCCCUCUCCCUCAAAUAUAAAUUGGAUUUAAGAUUGGAUUUCAAAAUAGCUGUGGAUUAGUGAUAUUGUAUCUUUGUGCAAGGCCAAAUAUUUAAAGAGACAACAAGAGCGUACAGAAGUGUCAAAGGACAGAGGGUCUGCUAUGUUUCUGUCCCUGACUUCUGACCUGACAUAACUUGACCUAGACCAGUGAGGGAGAAAACAGACUUCACCUAAAGGAGCACACUAUACUUCAUCAUUAGAUAUGUCUGUCCCUCCAGGAUUUCCUUCCUCUACUGAUACAAAGAGCUGCUGUGCUAUUGUGGUGACACAAUACUGUGCUGUCCCUUGUUGCCUCGGGGGCUGAGUUGGGAAUCUGGUUUAUCCUGUUUCAUUCAACCACAUUUUCAACUGGUUUUAGUCCACCAGUAAUCAGCAAUUUCCUGCCACUGCCUCUGUGUUUAUUUGUUCUAGAUACACAUGAUACCAGUGAACUUUAAAUUGCAGUAACACUCUCGCUUCCCCCCCUUUUUUAUUUGGCUAGUGGAUAAUUACAUCCUGAAAUCCUCUCAUGUGAGAUUAUGAACAGUACUUUGCUGGCUGUCCACCAGAGGGCGGUAGCCCCCCCUGUGAGUUAGGUCUGUGUAUGUGGGUCAGGGGAGCUGCCCUGCUGAUCCAGGGAGGAUUUCUGGCCCCUCCCAAAGUCAGAGCGCCUGUGUGUCUGUCUGGUCAUCGGAGCUCUGUGGCAUCCAACUGAGAGGGCUCUCUGUAUUUGUGCAGCUGGGAGUGAAAUCUAUAUUCACAUACUGGGGCAGUGAGAGCAUUUGUGUGUGGAAGAAGGCAGGUAUAUGAUCAGUCAUAAUUUUGAUUUACAGUAAAAUGUAAACAAGUAUUAUCCUCAGUGUGUUUGCUCUGGAUUAUUUGACCAUUGACCUUAAUGCUCUCCUGUCAUACAGCCAUCAACAUUUGGCAAGAGGAGACAUUUCAGUGGAAGCUUAGGCUGCCCUGAUGCCAGACUUGACUGUACACUGCUCUAUUUUACUAUAAUACACUAUGACUCUGUUGCCUAUAAGGACAAUCUUUUACAUUAUGUCAAAUGAGCACUUGUUAAUAUUGUGUCAUUGACAGUUAUUAUGGGUUAUACUGAUUAGCAGAUGGUGGGGAAUAUUAAAGUUUUGGCAGUCACCUGCUUGGCUGGGUGCUGCCACCAGACAUUGAAUAGAAUUGGUUCAUAUUCUGUUGGAUGAACUUGCUGCAUGUAUGUGCAUUUUGUGGUAAGAUAGAAGUAAGAAGAUAAGGAUUAUAUGUAUCAUGAAAAUUAUAAAAAAUGUAGUAAUUGAAGUUCCAAUUUGAGUUGCCAUUACUGUCCAAAUUGCGAGAUAAUCUCAUCUCGGUUUAGAGUCAGAACUGUCAAAUAGAUGUCGGCCUGUUCGCUGAAGGGCAGAGUUAAUGUCCCAAUCUGCUGACGUCAGUGUUAUAGAAGUCAGCAGCUGCAGCAGAGCUCAUCUCUCACAGAGGUAGUGACAUUCAUUCAAACCUGAAUAAGCCCUCAGUGAUGCAGUGUGUCUGUAAGCAUGAGCGGUGCCUACUGCAGUGCUGCUGAUUAAAGUUAGUGACAUCAGCAGAACGGCCACGUCAGUGAAAGCAGCAACGUCAUUGGAGGACCUGCAGAGGAGAGAGCGAGGGAAAAAGAGGCGGAUAUAAGCAUUCAGUUAAAAAGAAAUUAUUUUCUUUUAAUAGCCCAUUAUUCAGAUAGAUAAAAACACUGUAAUUUAUUUUUCUCUCCAUUUAUGCUUUCGUGUCUCAAAGAUCGCUCAAUAGAUCUGUUUUACUCGCCACGAAUAAGUCUAUUCCCUAUGAUGUCUGUAAAAUUUUAACAAAUAAAAAAGAACCUUGUUCAACUGAUAGGGAAGUAAAAAUAUCUAUUGUGUUCGACAGGUUCAAGUGCCGUUUCAAAGUUAUGUCAAUAUUGACCUGUUAGAUUCAAGCAGUCUUUGUCUUGAUGAAGGACAAACCAAAACCAAUGUGCAAGUUAUAUUUAAGCAUUUCAUUUAGUCCUUGAAACAAGUGUCCGGCAAACAGGUGCAGAUCAGGGUUUGUUAGCGUCUGCAAGUAAAAUAGAGCAGUGAGCAAGUUAAACAGAAAACAAAGCCGGAAAACUGAAAAUGAGAUUUCAAAAUAUCAAAUGUUGGUCCCUGUUUGAUAAUUAUUUCUGAGCCAGCACUGUUUGCAGUGUGGUAACAAAAAAUGAAAGAGCCUCAAUUGUGGUGGCCCACGAGUUGAAGAUUUGUUGCCAUGGUAUCCCAAAAAAAGUAUUUAUAUUGGUUGAUUUUUAUGGGGAAAUUCUGGUGUUGUGACAAUUGCGAAACAACAUCAGCUGUAGGAAUCAGCUGGCUACAGCAGAAGUCUCAAAAUGUUAGCAGAUGGGUUCAAAAGUCAAGACUGUAGGAGCUCCAGCAAGUGAGAACAAACAAACUUGAGACUCCACUGAUGGCAUGAAUCAUGUGUUUGUGUUUCCCUAUACAUAAUAUAUUAUAUAUUUGCUGUUAUGAUCUCUAAGGUUACGGUCCAUGUGUUUGUAAACGUGGAGACGGUCAAACUUCAGGUGAGUGUCCGAUGUCUGGGUGUUUGUAACAACUGCAUCCUGGCUUUCACCACCCAUCAAUGGAUGGUGUGAAUUUCAGCAGUCAAAUAAGAAAACAGUAAGAGGGAACUUUAGAGACGGGUUCAACACCUCGAGACCAAGUGGUUUGUGUAGCCUCCAUGGACCGCCAGCACUACCUGACCCUUAUAAGACCCCAAACAGGAUUAUGCCCUUGCUAGAACUACAGUUAACAACAGGUGAACAGAAGAGAAGAGGUAAUGUGACGGGAGUAAAAGAAGCUGCAGUCACUCAGGGAGGAAGGCCUUCUGAAGGGUCUCACUGAUAUAUUAUUGAAGUCUUGUUUUAAACAUCCACAGUGUAUCUUUCAAUGUUUGACAUUGUUGUUAGUUACACCAUACUAACAUGCUUCAUGCUCUCUAAGUUAAAGAAUUCAACCACCUGUGACUCAGCUAACUAAUAAACAGACAGUCUGCUGCCCCCAGAGAUGACCAAGAGGGGAUCAAAGCUUGUAGCAUCAUGGGUUUGUUGGCUGUAAGUCAUCCUGCCGCUAAAUCACACCAUCUGGCUUGAUCCAGGAUGUCAUACGGGGAUAGAGAAGUAUCAAAAUACUCUUCACAGAUACAAAUUAGUGCAGUGUUACACAAGCCACAGAUAUACGUAACAGAAAAACAACGCUGCAGUUGUUUAUCUGGUCAUAUGAAUUGGCAGUCAUGUGAUGGCCUCCCAGUCACCCUCAGAAUAUAAUUAAUCCUUAAAUUGAAACCUCGAGGGCUUCAAAAGGAACAAGCUGCAUAACCAAGUCUAGGGUCAAGUUUCUCUCCGAGUCCCAGCUGAUGUCUCUUUUUUGAUUUCUCAAUCCUCUUGCCGUUGUUGUUGUUGUCGUGUUGUUGCUCGAAGUCGCAGUGCUUACAGUGUCAGGUGUCCAUGUACCCUGUGAGAAUUUUCCCCAAAGGCAACAGACAGAGGGUUGGUUACACAACUUUGUGACUCCCUUACCCAACCCCUCUUCCUGCUGCAGGGUUUAGACAACAAAAUGUGAUCACUAUAUUUAGUGACCUGCACUCUUUGAAAGAUCUCCCUCUAGAUAUGUGUAGUGGUUAGAAAGUAAUUACAAGAAAAGAUGUCGUAGGCAUAGGUGUUACGACAAAUUGCAUGUGACUCAAAUAUGUCCUCCUGAUCGAUGGAAUCUACAACUUGAUCUUUGCUGAAGACUUUUUCAUGUUGGGUUGUAGUUGUUCACUGGACUGAACUGAUGAUAAUUAAAAGCAUGUCUAGUCUUUCUCAUUCUAAGGUUUUUCAUAAGAAGGUUUCUUUGUUGGUUGCACCAGGCUGUCAGGAUGGAAAGCAAUUGCACAACCGUAUAUUGAGUUUCAAGUAGUUAAGGUGUAAUGGAAAAGAUGGAGCAGAACGAUCCUGACAGCUUAGGUGUAGCUUACUGCUAAUUUGACCUAAAUGAUGAAUCACUUUGCCUGUUCAAGAAAAGUAAAUGGUUGUUCUUAGAUAACCAAGCUUUCUUUGAGAAAUCACAGCCAUCAUUUUGUUUCACCUAAAUCACUUGAGAUGUAUGGAAGCAUGAAGAAAUAAAGUAUGAUGGAUGUUUUAAGCUACUGAAGUCAAGGGUUGGUUCGCCCUGGUUUCUGUCCUCUACUCUCUUGCCUCUUUAAUGUGAACUCCCUGAGGAUACGACAGGAUAGUAACUCUAUAUUUGCACACGUGCACACAGCAAUUUCCCUCCUGAAGACCUGCACAAUAUUGUGCCCCCUGUGACACCCAAUGUAAACACUGGUGUGUUGUCGUAACCCAAACAGUGAUCUUUUCCCUUACCCUACCCCAGAUAUUUUUGAUGUCAAAACCUUCACAAACAGUGACCCUGUCACAUCCUGAAAAAUAUAUCUGAUAUGUUGACUGAUUUCUAGCUCCAAGAAUUAUGGUAUUGAGUCUUUUUUUUAUUGCAGUAAAAAAAAAAAAGAGACACACAAAACAAGAAAUCAGGGAAACUAGAAUUAAGAAAGCCAGUAGAGCAGAAGACUAGGUUUGACAUUGUUUAAGCAGCGUAACUGCAAUAUUUUGGAUCAGUUGUUGGCGGUUUGAAUAAGUGUUGGUAUGACAGGUCAAUAGAAAGCAGCCUGUCCUUAACUGAGGGUUGCAACCAUAGACUGUAUAUAGAAUGGACGCUGUCUGCCUCCUCGCUGGGUGAAGCCACCCCGAGAACAGUACACUCUGUUGAUGGGCUGCAGUAUAGGUCAUAAAUCCCGCCUCCUCCAGCAAAGCUUACGGAGCUGUGGACAAACUUUAGAAAUUUAUUACACAGAACAUAAACUUUUCUCCCCCCUGGUUGCGAUGUUGACAUGUAGUUACUGUAAGACUGGUUUGUUCUCAAGUCCUCUUUUUCCUGUACAGCUCCGUUUUUAAAAGUUAUUAAGUUGUUCAUGUUUUCUGUGAUUGACACCUGACACAGCCUAUGGGCGUACGAAGAUUGCGUAGCUCUCCCAGGAGAUACGCUGUUUGAACGGAGCGUCAUCACAGCGACUCUCCCGCCAAAUGCGUACAAUGCUACUGCGCAAAUGGUGGAGUGCGCACAACACUUCAGAGCAAUGUUGGUUUUAGGAAGUGGAAAAAGAAAAACGCAGAAUUACCAAGAGCUUUUCAGCUUCAAAUCCAUCUACUGGUGGAAGGCGGAACCAAGUUGUCCAUAGUAUAUACAGUCUAGGGUUGAAACCCAAAGUGAGUCGCUAGUCAGAGCUGGAGUUUAACUCACUGGGUGAAUUUGUUUUCUUAAUUGUCUAACCAUGAUCAAAUAAAAGCAUGAACAAUCAAUCCUCACAGCACAGUGACUUCACAAAUGGACACUUUAGGAGACAAAAAACAGACACGACUUUGUUCUGCGUCUUGAGCUAACAUUAUCAACAUGUUAUGUGGGUCAUCUUGGUUAACUAAAAUUAAAAAACAAUGAGUGGUGAUGGUAUCCUUAAUCCCCAGAAUUUUGCCACAUUUUGCCAUGUCUCUGCAUUCAAAACAUGUGGUCAUAAUGGGAGUCAAUGGGGCAAAAACAGCCGCUAAUACCAUAAAAGGAAGUUUUUUGAAAAUCUGUUGCUGCACAAAAACUAAAUAUGCGUCAAAACCAAUGAUGUUACUAAUCUUUGACAUAUCCAAGACUGUGAAAGCAGGUUAAAAAUGAUCUUUGUCCAAUCGCUUUUUAUAUGGAAAAGAGCUUAUUUAGUGUGUAUUUUUCUCCAUAUCAGUGACUUUCUUUUUUUUUAAUUGGUAUUUAAAGGGUUAAAUUUUGAAUUUUUAUCAUAAAUUCAAAUUCACAUAAACUAAUUCUGGGUGCUGUCAUAGCUGCUCAUGUUUUCAUGUACAUGUAUUGGGAAAGAUGGAUUUACUGCUGUAUCCUGCCCAGUUGUGGUGGUCAUGCGCACCCCCACUCUCCCAAAUCACGUUGUGGCAUUAAUGGUCCCUUAUAUUACCGUCGACACCCUGCUCUGUUCGCUGAUUGGUCCACACGUGUCUCCUCCCCUCAGCGGCAGUUUUACCGCAGCCUGCUGCAGACGAAUGAGACUGAGCAGAUGUUGAGACACCUGCCCUCAACACGCGGCAAAUAUGUCAACAUAUCUGCUGUCACUGAAUCUUGUCUUACCGUGUUUUGAUAAAUCUCUCGAUUAAUGUCGCGUUUGAGGACUUUUCACUAGGUUCUCAUUGACUUUUUAAAGCUAAACUCGAGUAAAGUCUUUUUUUUUCUACCGUGGAGUGACCACACCACACAUCAUCGACUACAGAUAACGACAGCCCGUUUCAGCGAUGCCUCCCGGUGUCGCAACCGCGCCACGGAGCUCAUCCUCCGGCUGCUUUUGCGCCUGCUGUGGGGCGUCGAUGAGACCUUAUUUCACCGAGAACUCUGUGGUAUCUCAGGGGGAAAUUUACCAGCUGUAAGUGUCCUGAAUAGUCUGUGCUCGGAGCGUUAGGUCAGAUGUCUCAACAGUGAAUGAAUGUACCCUGGAGUUUGUUGUAUUCUCACGAUGUGAUGUCUAAUGCAGGCGAGCAUGUGAUUCGGUUUGGGCAUUUUCUGACUCACAUCCAUCCAUCCAUCCAUCCCGCUGGGGCAUUUCCCUCUAAUAUCCUGUUAUGACACCAUUCCCUUUCUUAUCUUCCCAUCUUUUCAGCGCUGAGAUGCAGUGAUCCUGUUUCACAAUGGCAUGUGGUUUUCCCAUAUCUUCACAGGAAGGAUGUGACAGCAGGGCAGCAGCAGCUGUACAGUCACCACUGCAUGAACACGCUUCCUUCCUUUCACCCUGUGUGAAAUGCCUCCUAGAUACCACACUCAUCUGCCAUAUACACUAUCUUCCACCCACCUUUUGUCCUUUUGUUGGUCUAGGGCCAAGGAUGUAGGAAAAUGUAGUCUUGAGGGAGAACAGAGCAUUGUAUCUCAGUAGAUUUUUCUUUUGACCACAUGUCUGAUGUGAUUUAUCUGAUAGCUGAGUGAGGACAAGCUCUUGAAAUUCCCGGAUUUUUCAUUUGAUUGACCGACAAAGUCCUGGAAAAGUUUAUCUGCGUUUAAUCUCUAUUUACACUUGUAUGACAUAUGUUCGUUAUUUGUACUUGCCUUAGAGUAUGAACUCAGCUGUUAACUGGUAGGGGACUGAGGAUCUGUGUUUAUACACGACAGAAAGGCACUAUGUUAUCUGAUAGCAAGCAGGUUAUUGCAGCUAGUCUCUUUGUUUGCAAACCUCGCCGUCAAGUGUCUUGAGCUCAUAAAAGCACACAAACCCCCUUUUGUUCAGUACAUGAUGCUGUUACAGGGUGCCACGUGUGUUUCCUUAGAUAACACGAUGAUCAUUAAACAUAUGUAGCAGGAAAAAACUAGUUUAUUCUGUAAAUAUCACAAAAUAGUGAUACGGCAAAGUUUCAGAGCUCACAGCGUUGUCUGUAUAUUGUUUUGGACCACCAGACAAAACUUAAGAUGUUAUAAGAAACCCCCAAUGAAUAGAUUUCUUAUUCAAGCGUUUCCAUGUUAUCUUUAAUUUGAAGAAAAAAGAGACAAAUGGUUCAAUUGAUUAAGCUCCUGAAAAAGAUAUUUGCACAGAAACAUGUCUCUUACUUUCGGCUUUAAGAAUAUUUAACAAAGAAAGUUCAUUGUGUCUUUUAGAUUACUUCAUUCAUAGUCGGUCGGUGCACAUUUUAGACUUUUAAAGUAGAAAUUCUGCCUCAGUGCGACUGCAAAGCUCUGCUCUUACUACACCUUUGGAUGAUUCAUGUUUGGUGAAGGCAUAACAGAGGCAUGACUGUCCUGUCUUGAACAGACAAUGAGUUUGCGAGGAUGAUGAGGGGAAUUUCUGUGAGGCCCCUAUAGGAUGAGUUUUUAAGACUUUAAUCACUCCCUUUUUUCUCUUUUUUAUUUCUCUCGUUUCAGCAUCAGUGAAAGUUUCCUGACUGUAAAAGGAGCGGCUCUCUUCCUACCUCGAGGAAAUGGCUCCUCCACAUCUUCUGCCUCUCGCUUCUCCCAGCUUCGCAGCAAACAUGCGGGUGAGGAUUUCAGUCAUUGUCAUCAUGAACACCAAACAUUUUCAUCAAAAUACUUUUGGUUUGGUUGAAUCUGAUCAAAAACUCAUGUUGUAUCGCUCUAUUCCUAUCAGGAGACAUCCAGCAGCAUCUACAAACCAUGUUUACCCUCCUCAGACCAGAGGACAACAUCAAACUGGUAAGUGUAACCUGUAUCACACACAAAACAAACAGUCUCAGCGUUUUCAGCCAGUUCACUAAAUUUCAACUGUGAUUUCCUGCUGCAGGCGGUUCGCUUGGAAAGCGUCCACGCUCAGGUUACCCGCUACAUGGUGGUGGUGUCAACCAACGGACGCCAGGACACAGAGGAGAGCGUGGUGCUAGGGAUGGAUUUCAGUCCUGUAGAUAGGUGAGAAAAUAAUGCGCACAAACACACACAAGCCAAUAUCUGCUGUCCCGCUUUUUAAGGUGUUCAUAAAAUUGCGUUUGUCUCAGCUCUUGUUCUGUAGGACUGGUUCUGCCUUUAUGGUGUGACACAUUGAUACACCUGGAUGGAGAUGGGUAAGAUUAGUAUUUUUGUGCUUUCAUCGCAGAGAUGAUCCGCUAUAAACACAAUGCUGAUCAGAUGGAUGUCUGUUUUUAUUUCACCUCUUACUCUGUGCCCUUUCUCCUUUUACUUCCAGGGGUUUCAGCGUGUCAACUGAUAACAGGGUGCAUGUAUUCAAGCCUGUCUCUGUGCAGGCCAUGUGGUGAGUCACUCUCCAUCGACUGUGUGUGUCUGUCCUGUAAUGUUUGCAAGUGUUCAGCUAUUUAAAGCCGAUAUUUGAAAGUUUCUAUUUCUGUCCUGAUUCCCCCUUCAUCUCCUGCUGCUAAAAUCUCAUUUUUUAAAAUUCUCACUGUAUUCUCUCGCAGGUCGGCCCUGCAGUCACUCCAUAAAGCAUGCGAGGUGGCUCGUUGUCAUAACUACUUCCCAGGCAGCUUGUUCCUUACCUGGGUCAGCUACUAUCAGAGCAGAGUCUCCUCUGACCAGGUACGCAUCAAUGAGUGGAACGCCAUGCAGGAUGUGCAGUCACACCGUGCUGAUUCGCCUGUGCUCUUCUCUGACAUGUAAGUAUCUGGAUGGAUUCAACUUUUCAUUCUCCUCUUUCCUUUUUCUCUUUUUUAAAAAACAUUUGUGAGAUAUGUUUUUUAUAAAUGAUCUUCAUAGUAAUUAUUUGAUGUGAGUAUGCAACAACGAAGUAUUGACAAUAAAGUUAUAAAAAGUAGUUUGGUUAGAUAACUACCAAUGUCAAAUGUAGAAUCAGGCUUGGAUUUAGUUCCUGUAUUGCAUUUCAGUGUCAUAUUGUUCUUGCAGACCCACAGAGAGGGAGCUGACUGAGCGGCAAAUCAAAUCCAGUCUGAGAGAGAUCAUGAUGCAGAAGGACCUCGAGAAUGUGACCUGCAAAGAGGUGAGUCUGCACUUCCAAAUAUAGGUUCCAAUUACAUGAGGUUGUUGGAGAAAUGUAUCUUUGAUUCGGCCUGCAGUUUUGCAACAAAUUGGGUUCAUGCUCGAGUUUCAUGAGUUGGUGGUUUUGACCUUUGAAAAAUAUAACUACGCCUGCAGUUGAGCUUUGCUGUUUGAUAUUUUACGUGUUUUUAUUUGUUCCCGUAGAUCCGAACAGAACUGGAAAUGCACAUGACCUGCAACUUGCGUGAGUUCAAGGAGUUCAUCGACAAUGAGAUGAUUGUCAUCCUGGGCCAAAUGGACAGUCCAACAGAGAUCUUUGACCAUGUCUUCUUGGUAGGUUGCCUUAUAAAGGGAACUGUCACGAAACUUUGUCUUAAAUGUCAUUUAGAACAUUUAAGAAAUUAAAGACUGUCAUUUAUUAGCUGUGAAAUUCUGUAGUUAUCCUUAAGAAGGUUUCAUGAACAUUGCUUGUACUCGUGGCGUAAUCCAUGUCUGGGAACUGACAAAAUAUGAUCUAGUCUUGUGUAAUUCCUUUCAAUUUUGAGGUACUUGUUUCUUGUUUGGUUUGACUGCUCACUGGAUGUCAGACAGCCUUGCUACAGGAUUUAAGCAUUAUGAAAAGCUCAGUCGCAGGCUCUGAACUAGUCUGAGGAUUGCUUUUGUUUCCUACAGGGAUCUGAGUGGAAUGCAUCCAAUUUGGAGGAGUUGCAGAAGAGCGGGUAAGUAGGGGGACAAAAACAACAAAAGCCACCACACAGCACAAGAUGUACUGAAGCCAAUAACAAAAGAAUCUGUAUUAUAUAAUAAGACACUAACAAUGACUUUGUCUGGUAUCCAAACAGGCUGUGUGUAACAACUUCACGUUCAAUCAUCUCUCAUGUUUUUCUAAUCCCUCUUCUUCAUGACUUAUUCCCUCCCAGGGUUCAGUACAUCCUGAAUGUAACCAGGGAGAUAGAUAACUUCUUCCCUGGUGUGUUUGAGUACCACAACAUCCGAGUUUAUGAUGAAGAGGCCACAGACCUGCUCGCUUAUUGGAACGACACCUAUAAGUUUAUAUCUAGAGCCAAGUGAGUCUCAUGACGUGUCUUUCUCCUUCCCUCUGAACAUCUUUAUCUGUUUUUGCCAGUCAGAGUUUUGUAGAAGUAAACUCUACUAACUUUUUAAAAUGAUUUGCUGAAAUGUGACUUUGAUUCUUCAUAUCUACUCCAGGAAAGCCGGAUCGAAGUGCCUGGUGCACUGUAAAAUGGGAAUAAGUCGCUCUGCUGCCACCGUGAUCGCAUAUGCCAUGAAGGAGCACGGCUGGGAUUUGAAGAAAGCUUUUGACUAUGUCAAGGAGCGCCGGACGGUGACCAAACCUAACCCCUCUUUCAUGAGACAGCUGGAGGAGUAUCAGGGCAUUCUGCUGGCCAGGUAUUCACAGGAAUACAGAGAAAUACCACUUCUUACUGAUUUGUUUUGGCUUUAUGCAUUAUUUUAUACUCAAUUUGUGCAACCGUACUCCAAACCGGGAGAAAUUUUUGGAUAUUCCUUGAAGUCAGAAACUCAGGUGUUGCCCAUCAUGUAACGCAUGUUAAAAGCUGAUCCCCUGUCAUUUUCUCUUGCAGCAAGCAGAGGCACAAUAAACUCUGGCGUUCUCACUCUGAUAGUGACCUGUCUGAAGCCCAUGAGCCACUGUCCAAAUCUUACGCCCAACCGCACAGCCUAGGUCACUCCGACCCCCGUAACCAGGCCAGCAGCACGCCCAGUCCCUCUGUCAAAGAACUGCUGGAAUCACUGGGAACUCCGAUCGGCACAGUCAAAGCAGCACACUCCACCAGCCAGCCUGACACAAGGGUCCAGUCCAACCAGCUCAGCUCCCCGAACCGCUGAGAGGGCGUCAGCACCGAACCUCGAGACUUCUUCUUUCUCUGCUGUAGUCCAGACCAACCAGCUGUCCCCUUGUCCCGGGACCACAGCCGGCUCUGUGUCUCCCUCAUCUCCUCACCUCUCGAACGGCAUAUGUGACUCUGAGAAGCAGCCCUCGUUGCCUCCCCUCUCCCAGCCGAGGGCCGCCACUGUGGUGCCUGAGCUUCAAAAGACUGACAUAGUGACUGUUGCUCAGAGUGUGUUAGUAGGCCAGCCUCACCCACCUCCAUCUUUUCACCACCUCCCUCUGUCCCCCUCUCCGUCCCAGACUCCAGCCUGCACGGACGAUGUUAUCAAACCGCAGGAGGUGUCCGGCUCUCCGCCUGCGAGUAAACCAAUACUAGUGUCAGUGCCUGAGCCUGUAACACCGCAAGCACCAAGCACACAACAGGCAGGACCCCAGUGUCUGUCUGCACCAGUGCCUGUCAAAAAACCAGACUCUGACCAACAGGUGUGUUCACCGGCCAGCUCUCCCUCCACUUGUGAUCUUAUCAGCUACCCCAGUGCCAUUCCCCAGGACAACGGGAUGUUGUUCGGCCACAGCGCAGACCACAUUAACUUUUUCAGUGCCAGGGAAAAGUUCAAAGGAAUGAGUCAAGACGGUAAAAGUCACUGUGCUGCCGUACAGCCGCUGCCUCAGCUGAAGAGCUGUGGUAAAGAACAGCAACCACUGCCUCAGGAAGUCUCAGCUGGAGAAGGGAAAGAGGAAACAAAGAAUAAGGUAAGAUUUCAGCUCGUGGAGGAGAGCCCGAAAACUCCUGCGCCUCAUCUUCACUCCACACAAGUUUUGGGUCAUGGUGACUCAUCAUAACUUUUAGUUUGGAGAAAAGUGUCCCUAUCAUUUUAAUAUCAUGUUUCUAUGACACACCUUAAGAAGAGCAAUACAGAUCAGCAAGAUGAAUGUCACAUAAAACAGCGUUUUCAGGAUCUCUGGAAGUAUGUAGGACCCACAGCAGUUUAACUUUGUGCUAAGUUAGGUUUUCUUUAUAUCUUCUACUGCCCCCCUGUGGCUGAAUUUAGAACUGUCCACAAAGCUUGCCUGUCACAUCUCGAUCAGUUUGAUUGCAGUGUCUCCUUAAAUGACUUAGUAAAUAGUAAGAAUUUCAUUUAGCGUCAAAUCUGAGUAAUCAUUCAUGUAGUUUCUCCUUUCUUUGUAGGAAAUGGUGGCCCCUGUGCCGGCCACAGGACUGAAGCCUGCAGGGCACAAAGAGACCUCCCUUCUUGGUCCUCUUUGCCAACCAGAGCCUCAGGGUCUCCAGGACCAGGAAGUGGGGAAUUCGAGACAGGAAGCAAAGGACGGGGAUGUUUUAUCAAAGACGGAGGCGGAAAGUGCCGAAGAGGAAAUGAAAAACAAAGAAGAAGAGGAAGGAGCUCCUGCCCGUCUCUACAGCGACUGGACGAGGGGGUCUGUGCGGCGUGUGACUAAACAGUUGGAACAACGAAUGAAACAGGAGCAUGAAAUGCCGUCACCCUCCUCGUCUCCUCCAUCCCUCUCAGGCAGCCCCCCCAACUCUCAGCGACUUCCACCUAGUGCUCCUCUCGUGACAAUGUCUGCUACCCAGAGUGCAUCAGUUUGCUCACAGGUGGCAGUAGUUGGCAGCGCACAGGAGGAGCCAGAAGAGGAGGAAAUGACAGAUGGACUUGUGAGAAGAGACAGAGGUGAUGUAGAUGAGUCAGAGGCUCUAGGACUUAGUUUCAGAAGCACAAAAGGACAAAAACACCAGCCUGCUGAUACCAGAAAGCUCUCUACCUCUUCUUCUUUUCACCGCUCUGCCCAGUCCCCCUUUGCGUCUGUGAACUUCCUGUGUUUGGAGGGCGUGACGGAGCACGAGUCGAGCACAGACUGGGACUGCUCCACGGAUGGACCUCAGAGCGACAUCAUCAUGAGGGAGACGUGGGAGACGUUGUGCGAGCUCGGUGCCUUCCUGCAGCAGGUGAGCAUGGGCGGAGCCUGCUGCGCGGACCCGGUUUUCGGCCUCAGCGCCGGUACCACUCAGAAGCGAGGCAGCAGCUUUCAGAAGAGGGUCCGAGAGGUGGAGGCCAGGAUCCGCCAAGCCGGACUCACCCCUCCCUCCAUGAUGAAGCGCUCGGCCUCUCUGGCCAAACUGGGCUGCCUGGAGCUGCUUGCCAAUGACCUGAGUGAGUGGGAGCUGAACCGCACCUCCGUAGCUCUGUCCACUGCUGAGCCUCAGACGCACACAGUCAACGACGAAUCGAAGAAGCAGAGGGUCCACAGCUCUCCCUCCUCAGCCCGCCAGCAGCAGGAAGUUCACAUGAUUAGUGGUGAGGGACUCUCUGAAGCUGGAAAAACCUCUCCUCCUCCUUCACCUCCACCAUCAAUCCCACAGGGACUUCCGAACUCUGGCAAAGAUUCUCUGCAUUUACCUGGGCCGACACUAAUGACAACAAGGCAGCAGUAUGGAAGGACUCACCCUGUGAGGCGGCUUAAGAAAAGGACUGCUUGCACCCUUUACCACACCAUGUAA